AACACAGAGCCCGAGAGAGCAGCAGUUUCUAUUCAAGAUCUGUGUUUCAGUCUUCGUGCUCACGCUGCAGACACAGGUCUCGGGUUGAUACACAGUCACAUGCACACACACAAACACACACAUGUCCACUGAAGACAAGCGGAGGAGCUGGUUUGUGAUCAUACUGAAGAACAGAUAAACAGUCAACAACAACUUCUAACACAUACAAGAAAGAGGAGUGCGACAUGUCGUCCUGUGUGGUGAAGUCCAGGAGUAAAAACCCAUACACCGCGGUGCAGGUGGACCCGGACAGUGAUUACUUCACACCAGGAACAUUAGACCUGGAGCAGCUGUUCUGGGCUGGCAGCAUGGCUCAGUAUGCACAUGUGAACCAGGUGUGGACCAGCGUCUACAUCGGGGAUGAGAAAACGGCUCUGGAGCGGCCCGGCCUGAGGGAUCUGGGUAUCACACAUGUGCUGAAUGCUGCAGAGGGGAAGUUUAAUAAUGUGCUGACUGGUGCUGAUUACUACACUGACGUGAACAUCCAGUACUUCGGUGUGGAGGCCGACGACAAACCAACCUUCAACAUGUCCCAGUACUUCUGCUCUGCGGCCCAGUUCAUACACGAGGCCCUCGCUCACCCAGAGAACAAGGUGCUGGUGCACUGUGUGAUGGGUCGGAGCAGGUCGGCCACUCUGGUCUUGGCGUACCUGAUGAUGAAACAAAGCCUGACUGUGGUGGACGCUAUUGAGCACGUGCGACAGCAGCGUUGUAUCCUGCCCAAUCACGGCUUCCUAAAGCAGCUCAGAGCCCUGGACAUCACACUACAAGAGGAGAAACUCAGAGUAAAAAGACAGAUGCAAGACCAAAUGUAGAUGAUAUAUAGAUAAUAAUCAAUCUCAGGUAUUUAAAUGUUCAUCAACCAUUGUAUCAAUAAACUCUGUUUUUUCAUGACUA